ACUGGAGUUAUUUACCUAUCUAAUUUUGCAUUCACAGACCUGUCUUCCUCGAUGGAAGUUUUGUGUGAGUGACACAGACAGCAACCUGGGCUUUGCCUUGGGAGCCAUGUUUGUGAAAGCCACCUUUGCCGAGGACAGCAAGAAGAUAGCCAGCGAAAUGAUCUUGGAGAUCAAGAGAGCAUUUGAAGAAAGUCUGACCACCCUGCAGUGGAUGGAUGAGGACACACGGAAAUCAGCCAAGGAAAAGGCAGAUGCAAUCUACAACAUGAUUGGUUACCCCAACUUCAUCAUGGAUCCCAAAGAGUUGGACAAGGUCUUCAAUGACUACAACGCUGUACCAGAUCUUUACUUUGAGAACGCCAUGCGAUUUUUCAAUUUCUCAUCCAGAGUCACCGCAGACCAGCUCAGAAAAGCUCCCAACAGAGAUCAGUGGAGUAUGACUCCUCCCACGGUGAACGCCUACUACUCACCCACCAAGAACGAGAUCGUGUUCCCAGCUGGAAUUCUGCAGGCUCCGUUCUACACCCGAACAUCGCCCAAGUAUGAUGCUUCUACAUUCUGUUCUUGCCCCUUUCAGCAUCUUCUGUCCCCUCCUUCCCUGCAGGCAAUCACCCAGAAAGCCUGUCUAUACAUACCUUGGGCCCUGGGCUGAGCUAAAUGCAGAUGACAUAAAGAAAAAAGCAAACACAGGGCCCCUCACAUUCUGAUAAAGGUGGGGAUGGGUGGAGGUAACGGGGACAUAAAAGGGGACUCUACAGGAUCCUUGCAGAAGAGAUACGAGGGAAGAUUAGCAGGGCAGGUCCUAGCAGCAUUGGGGGGACUGGGCAAGGCUUCCUGCAGAAGGCAAGGCUGGAUCUCUUGAAAGGAGCUGGGGAAGCAGGGAUGGAGAUGGAGAUCCUUCCUGGAUCAGCAGGGAGGGAAGGACUAGGUAAAAACAUGCUCUUGGCCCAGUCUUCAUACUGUGGCUAGAAAUUCUACAACAAUGAUUCUACUGAGAAAGAAAUGGCUCUACGCCUGCACCAGAACAUAGGGCCCGAGUUGGCAGGCUGAGGCAUAAUUAGUAUUUCCAUUUAAUGGAAAGAGCAGGGUUUGAAUCCCAAAUCCUAGUUAAUUACUUUAUCUCUUUGACCUUCAGUUUCCUCAUCUAUAAAAUGGAGACAAUGAAUGGCACCUGCCUCAGUGGAUCUUUGUGAAGAAUUGGUUUUGUAGACACUAGAGAAAUGGGAAAAAGUUGUUAUUGGGUGUCACCAUUGGGAUUUCUCUAGAGGGCUUCAGAGGAAAGAGUUGAUAUCACAGAAUCAUAGAUUUAGAGCUAAGAGGGUCUUGAGUGGCCAACAAGUCCAUCCCCAUCAUUUAUUGAUAAAGAAAUAGAGCCCCACAGAAGUUAAAAUUGACUUGCUUGGGGGCAGCUGGGUAGCUCAGUGGAUUGAGAGCCAAGCCUAGAGACGGAAGGUCCUAGGUUCAAAUCCGGC